AUGACAGCGGAGUGUCCCAUAACCGCCUGGCCCAAGGGCCUUUCCAUGUUGAUGCUAUGCCUGGGAUUUCUGGGCCAGGCCAUUCUUGGCCAGGCACAGACAGGAAGCUGCCCGGACUCGGGAUCCUCGCCUGGCGAUGGCGCCCCUGCUUUGGCCAAGGCUCUCCUGGCCGUGAAGGCUGAAACAGCCCGCAGCGCGACGGAGGUUAUCGACAUCCCAAUGGACAUGACCGAAGGCGCGAACGUGAGCAGGAACAGCAGCUUGGAGAACAUCAUCAUGGACAAUCUGGAGCAUGACCUCGGGGAGGCCAAGUCCUUUCCUGACCUCGACAACGUCACCAACGACACACAAGGGCGACAUGGCCUUGGACAGCUGGGUGCCAACUUGGAGUUCAUGAUGCUCAAGCUGGCACAGCUCGAAACCAUUGUGGAGCUCCAGCAGGUGGAGAUCAACGAGUUGAGGGGCUGCAGCUGUGUGAAAAAGAAUGAGACCACAGCAAGCACAGUUGAGAUGAGAGCGAAGGAGGAAUCGAAGGCUCUGCAGGCGCAGGAGGUUUUAAAGAAAGUCUUGCACAAGCACAACCAUCAGCGGGAGAAGCGCGAGUUUGUGACGCCUUCCUCCAAAGCGGCUGCAACCCCAGCGGCUCCGGUCAGCAAGACAGGAAAUGCUAAAGAUGUGGGCGAAGCGCUCAUCCAGCGCCACAAGCACCGGAAGCAGAAGGCGAACUCUAGCGACGACUCUUUGGACGAUGCUGUCACCGCCAAAUGGGCCGACCCAAUCGUGGAUGUAGCCGAAGAAGUCGGAGGAUCCGUCGGCGAUGCUCUAGGUGAUGCCUAUGAAGCCGCUGCUGAUCAGGUGUCCUUCGUGGCGAACACAGUGAUUGAUUCCGUGGAGAUGGCUGUUGACAUCUUGGUCCGCGGCUUUACGGAUUGGAACGCAGGCUGCGACGAGAGCAGCUGGCCCUCCAUGCGGAUCGACGCCCGGGGUCUCAACGUUAACUGGGGGAGGCAGAAGUGUUGGGUGCGACUCAUGGGCCAGACAUGCAACCUCUUCGACUUCAACUUCGGCGUCACCGACUUAUCCUGGCCGGAGCCCAUCAAAACCGUCGCCGAGUUUGGCAUUUCUGCUGUCAAGGCGCUGUUCACAAUGGGCAAGGAGCUCGUUAGCUGUGCUACCGUCGACUCGCCGCUGCAGGUCCUGACCUGCUUCGGGAACAAGAUCAUCGAAAACGUGCCGCCGCUGAACUUCCUGAGCCGCAUCAGUGACGUGCUCACAGAGUUCAUCUUGGUCUUCGCAAAAGUUGCCUCGGCAGUGGUGAGGAAGGUCUUGGAAGAGGGGCAAUCCUUGGUGCAAGCUGCUGCGACCAGCACCGACUUCCCAAGCGCUGGCGCCCCUCCGAAGCUGCAGCACUCGGACAAGAACCUCAUGAUCCAGAUCCACUCCCAGGUAGCUCACGAGGACGGCCGUGCCUCUGAGUUGCUGCAGGAGCAAGUUGGAGGCGACCCGGGGCCCAAGGAAGUGAUCAACUUCAAGGUCAGCGCCAUCGACGCCAACUACCGAACCAAGCUCAUCACUCAAUUCGACGGCAAGGAGGUGGACACCAGCUCCUGCUUGGCGUUCGCUCCCAAGAACAAGACGGGAAGCAAGAACCAGGCGACCAAAGCAGACUGGCAGGUGACAUCGGAGGAUGAUUUCAUUCAGCUGGAGCCCUGGGCCGUGCCUUGCAGCAACCUCUGGAUGCAGAAGAACUGGAACAAGUGGCAGGGGUACACCUUCUACAGCUGGGAGAUGCCUUUGGAGAAAUGCGUCACUGUGACGUACUCCCUGUCCAUGCAGCCGGUCCUCGCUUUCGUGGGCGGCUUGCAGUUCGACCUGAUGCCGGCGCCCUUGGCGGCGCUGGACUCCCAGGUUUGCUGGCCGGACAAGCAGCCAGCAGGUGUGGAUUUGAGUGUGCUGAAGACCCAAAUCCGCUCCGGCGGCAUGUUGCUCUUCAGCCGCACCCUGCGCCUCACUAAGCGAUUCGGCAACCACACCGACUUCGUGAACGGAAACAUCUUCGGCACCCACGAGACCUACCGUGGACAAUUUGGCGUAGCGCGCAAUGCCGCAGAGAACGGUAGAGGCCUGGAGCCGAUGUCCCGAACUUCCCCGUCCUCGCUUGCACAGCGCGGGCCGAAUGAGACCCAGGAGACCCAGAGCAGUAAGUUUGAGGAGCACGCGCAUCACUCCAUGCACUGGGCCACCGACACGGAGGAACGCUAA